AUGCCGGUCUCUCUCGCCCCUCGUAGGGCACUCUUCGCUCAUUCUCCGCCAUGCGCUGUCGCCCCCGUCGUCUCUCUGCUCCGGCAUCGUGAGAUGCUGUCGCCGCGCCGCUAUGCCUCGCAUUCCUCCUCCAGCAAAUCACACGUCCGCCCCUCCUCGUCCGCCCAGCCUGCUAGCUCCGCUGCUCCUUCAACCUCCUGCACCGCCACCACCUCCCUCGCCGACGAUGUCAACCCGCCGCCGAGCACUCGCCCGGCCGACCUGAAUCUCCCGGAGGCCAUCGCGUCCUCCGCCUCGGCCGCCGAGAAGCUCAAGCGCUACGUAGCCAUGGGCCGCGCAUACCUCUCCUUCUACAAGACUGGCCUGAAGAACGUCUAUCAUAACUACCGCGCCUCCAUCCCCAUCCGCUCCUCGCUCGGCCUCACGCCCUACCUCCCCAUCUCCCCGCCGCCGCCGGCCACCGGUGGCAAGGCGGCCGCCUUCCGCGACGCCGUCCACACCAGGUGCCUCAGCCGGUCCAAUUUCCAACUCAUCCGUCGCGCUGCCUACGACGUCCGUCGCAUGAUCCCCUUCACCCUCAUGCUGAUCAUCUGCGGCGAGUUCACCCCGCUGAUUGUCCUGGCCCUCGGCAGCGCCGUCACCCCGUUCACCUGCCGCGUGCCGCGCCAAUUGGAGAAAGAUCGCACGCAGAGUCUCACACGCAAGCGCGCCGCGCUGACGGCCCACGAGGUCGCCCGCUCCGGCUCCAUGAAGCCGUUGCCCGCGGGCUCCGAGCCCGAGCUGGAUCUGCUGGCCGGGACGUACACCCGCCCCGCUUGGAUCGAGUCGGCGCCGGCCGAGGAGGUCCUGCGCGCUUGUGCUACCUUGGGUCUGGCUAAGACGCAUACGCGGUCUACCGCUUUGGUGUCGUUGCUGUAUCGGGCGCGUCUGCAGCGCUACGCCGAGUACCUGGAUCUGGACGAUCGGUUAAUCCGGCGCUGUGGCGGCGUGACGGCGAUGGAUGCUGCGGAGGUCCGGAUUGCGGUGGAGGAACGUGGUGGAGUCGGUGUGGGCGAGGGGAGCGAAGGAUGGGAUCUUGAGAGGGAAGAGAGACGCUGGUUGGAGAGAUGGUUGGAAAGGAGAGAGGGUUGA